CAUAUUCAUGGAAAUGUGCCUAAACUGCCUAUGUCUUAAAAAUGUGCCUCAGCUAUACUGACUGAGAUACUGAUUAACAUAAACAUUAUUAACUUGCCUAAACUGUUUGUUCAUGUCAGCAGAAUGUCUAGUCUGGAUGAGGUACCAUUUAAAGUUGCACUGGACUCUAUGGAGAUACAUUUGGGUCAGAAAGAGCCGGUUGCAGCUCCAGAAAUAAAGAUCCCAGAUUGUGCUCAAAUACUGCGUGAUACAAACUAUUCAUUCUCUCUGGAGAAACGGAUCAUGGCUAUAUUGGAAGAACAGCAGCGGAAGAACAGGAAGGCCAAUAAAGCGCCCCCGAGUGUGUCCCCCACUUGCCCACCAUAUUGUCUGAUGUUCAGCAGCCCGCAGGAGCGCCGCUUGGUGCGCCUCAGAAGCGCAGAGUUCUGGGAACUGGGCCCACGUUCCCGCAGCCUAAGCCUCAGCGCUGCCGACUCGCGUAAGCUCCGCCCCCUGCGGACGGUCCAGUUCCUCAUCGCCGACACCGACUGCGAGGAUGGCUACGGUGAAGAUGACGAGGGCUCGUCUACUGAGGAAGAUGAUGCUUGUAGCAAAGAAAGACCGAAGAGCUCCGGCUCACAGUGCCUGCGAUGUUCAGUUCGUCAGACCCAGAGAGGCUCCAGCCCUCGCCCCGCCCCGUCCUGCACACCCCAGAGGGCCCGACCGAGCUCUGCCUCCUCUCUAAAAGAUAUACGGAAGCCUGUCCCGCUUUCCCUCAGCCAGACACCGCAGGGCCGUCCUCACAGCUCCAGAGAGCCCCGCAGAAAACCUGCCGUUACGAGAACCAGCGGGCGGAGGAACUCACACACACUCUUACAGCCGCGACCCUCGUCUGCAGGACAGCUGCCCUCAGCCAGGCCUCAACCCGCCUCACAUGAUGUGCGUCCGCGGACGUCUGCAGGGCUGAAGGACGCUCCAGUAGACUUGCUGUGUGCUUUGAGUCAAGAAGAAAGGGAUCUUCUUGAAGCCGUUACACAACAAGGAUACACACUGCGCACUGCCAUACUAGCACUGCAGAGGACAGGACCCAAGAGCCCUGAUCAGAUUUUGAGGUACCUGACUUCAUGUGAUAGUCUCUGUCGGCUGGGUUAUGAGAAGACUCAGGUGGAAGAAGCUUUGGAGAUGUUCCAGAACUGUGAGAGCAAAGCUUCAGAGUUCCUGUUUCUGCUGGCUCAGUUCUGUGAGAUGGGUUUCCAGCAGAGCACCAUUAAAGAAGUUUUACUGCUGCAUGAGAACCAUAAAGAGAGAGCCCUGGAGGAGCUUAUGACCCGGAGCGGCUGAGAAACCAUAAUAUGAUCCUCAGCUAUCUAAAUAAAUGAAUGAAAUAAUCCUGAGCUUCAGGAUGAACAAUGGAAUGAAUGAAUGAAUCCUCAACUCCAAGUAUAAAUGAAUCAUCGACAUGUUAUAUGAGCAUAU